AUGUUGUCUUACAGUGACACAACUGAGCAUAGCUUCUUAGGUGAGUUUGAUCUACUCUGCCAUUCACACACAGACAUUUGCGAGCUUGACUGGACAAAGCCCGCCCAUUGUGAAGCAACAGUAAAGUAUUUCAAGCUAUGUUGUGCUCAUGAGGAGAUCACUCAGCUUAAUGUGGAGGUCCACCGACUAUGCACAGCAAUUCAUGAUGAAGCCACCCAAAUGAUGACAGUCAUUACUGAACUUUUAGUUUUGGAUCCUCCAUUAGUGCAUGAGCUACAAUGGCAAUGGAAAGCAUGUGAAGCUGUCAACACUGUGCAUACCUUUCAGUUGGAUCGGAUCACACUUCAACCAGGUUUUUCAGGUAGUAGAGGGAUUGGCCAGCAGGUUGGGGCUAUCACAGCAGCACUUGAGCCUACUAACACUAUCUCACACAGUAUGGCUGGAGGUGAUGGUACAUUUUUCUGCUUUGAAAUAUAUACAUCAACUAAACUACUGCCUUGA